AUGACCGGUCAGAGAAAGGACUCCGUUCGUGAGGCUGUUCCAACCGUUGGGUUACCAACCGCUGCGUUAAAAAUUCUACGGGAAAGCAUUUUGGCUGAAAAAAUACUCGAAAAAUAUGGACGAAGACGAACUCUUGAAGAUUCGAUUUGCUUAGAAGAUGGUGCAGUAUGUGUGUCCAUUCAGGAUCAAAUAUCCUUCGAUGGAGACAGGUACUCUUUUCAACGAGCCGUAGUCUACAGAGAGAUGCAGUACACCACAAUGGACCUAAAGCUCCCCGAAAGUGAGUUUCAUGUAAGCUUCUAUAAAGUUUCUAUAGUUUUGCAGGCAUAUGAGAGAUGCAUUACUCGCCCUGGAAAUGCCACAUGCCUGUUAGCUAUCGCUAAAGUGCCCCUUGUCUGGAACCUCCAUUACAAAGAAUCCUAA